AUGACGGCUCCGACACAGACACCUGUUCCUAUAUCUAUCACGAUCUGCGGCGAUGGUGGAUGCGGAAAGUCCUCCAUUACACUGCGCCUAGUUCGCUCGCAAUGGACUUCAGACUAUGACCCGACUAUCGAGGACUCAUAUAGCGUGACGCGCCACAUCGACGGUGUUACUUACCACCUAUCUCUUACCGACACGGCCGGCCAGGAGGAGUACCGCGGCAUGUGGGCUUCCUCGAACCUCGGCGCCGAUGCUUUCCUCCUCGUCUACGAUAUCACAUCCAAAGACUCCCUAGAUGCCCUACAGCAUUUUAAUGAACUUAUCGAUAUGGAGGCAGAGACUCGUCUUGAUAACGCUGACCGCGCUCGCCGUGCUGGUCUGCGCUCAGGUCACGAUACGCGCUCCCGCACCAUCCCUCCUGUCAAGCUCGUCGCCGGCAACAAGUGCGAUCUGCAAGAGAGCAGACAAGUCCCUGCAGCUCAAGGUCUUGAAUGGGCCCGAAAGCGUGGGUGUGGAUUCAUGGAGACGAGUGCGCGCCUGGAAGUCAACAUCGAAGAGACGUUUGCAUUGGUUGUGCGCCGGGUGGUUGAGGCUCGACGACUUGCUAAUACAGGUCCGGACGCAGCAGAGUUUAAUGCCCGCGGUAUGACGAAACCGCUGACGCCUCUUCCGACCGAUAGCGACAUCGAGAAGCGCGCGGUUGGAGUGCGAGGUCCGAAUCUUCAGGGCGACAGAGUGGGAGGGAAGAAGGACAACGGCUUUUGGAAGAGCCUGCGAUGUUGGUGA